AUGAUGAGCGCGGCCGAGGUCGAUGCACACAAUUCCGAGUAUAAUAGGCUUUGUCGAGAACUAGAGAUGGAGAUUAAGAAACUGGAGCAACAAGAGAAGGCAAAUUCGAUGAAUUUGGGAAGUAGUAAUGAUUAUUGGUGGGAAAAAUCGAUUGAGAAUAUGGGAUUGGAGGAGCUGGAAAUGUACGCGGUUGCUUUGGAAGAGUUGAAGAAGAAUGUGCUGACAAGUGCUGAUGAAUUGGAUUUGUUGAAGAAGUCUCAUAAUAUGGGAAUGAUGAACGUUGAUUUGAAUCAGAUGAUCAGUACUUCAUCAACUGGUGCUAGUAAUUUUGAGGUUGAUUUGAAUGCCAAUCAAGUUUCCUCUGCCAAUCUCAACGUCCCUUAUGGCUUUGGCAUAUGA